ACUCACCCUCCUCGGUGUGAAAGACGUGUAUGUGUGUGUGUGACGUCAGCCCAGGUGUGGCAGCGGCAGCCAUGCAGGAAGCAGGUAGACUGUGAUGGCUGCAGACGGUCGUCAUUGUUCGGGGACAGCUCGGAAGACGUGUUGACUUUUUUUUGUGAGAGGCAGAGGGAAGUGGAGGAGAAGUUUGUUUGUUCAGAGGAAGGAAGUUUCCCGUAUGAGAAGUAAAUGCCGCGGCUAUAAUUAUCUCCCCGCCCGCGUGUGUGUGUAUGUGUGUUUUUCUUCGCUACCACGGACAGUGGGAUUUUUUUUUUUAUGGUUUAGACGAAUCGCCCGGGAACAUGGAGGAUUCGCCUUAAAACUCUUAUGGUCAGAGUUUUAAUUUACUUUGAAUCCGACGACAACGGAUUUUGUGCUUCUAUAGAUUCAGGAUCGUCCGGAUUGAUCUGGAUUCUUCCCGCCGGUGAAGAAGGACUCCACCGGUGAUGGACAACAUAGACCUAGAGCAGCAGGAGCCACUUCCUGUGGACAGAGAUGGGAGACGGUUGAAGACGGACCAAACUGACGGCGCCAGGAAGCCGGGCUGCUGUGAGAGGUUCCAGCAGACUGUGUCCAAGUGGAUGCUUCCAGAAGACCUACGUAGCAAGUACCUGGAACGAACCAACUGCUGUCCACCGCCCAUCUUCAUCAUCCUCAUCAGUAUCGGAGAGUUGGCAGUGUUCAUCUACUACGCUGUGUGGAAGCCCCAGAAACAGUGGGUGACCCUGGACGAGGGCAUCUGGAAAAGCCCGCUGACCUACAAGCCGGAGAUGAGACAGGAAGCGUGGCGAUUCUUCUCCUACAUGUUUGUCCACGCUGGGGUGGAGCACAUCUUGGGCAACCUGCUGAUGCAGCUGCUGCUGGGAAUCCCACUGGAACUGGUUCAUAAAGGCUUUGAAGUGGGCAUGGUUUACCUUGCUGGUGUCCUUGCUGGUUCUUUGGCGAGUUCCAUCUUUGAUCCUCUCAGUGCGCUGGUGGGGGCCUCUGGGGGGGUGUACGCCCUGAUAGGGGGCUACUUUAUGAAUGCAGUCGUGAACUUCCGAGAAAUGAUUCCUCUCCUGGGAAUAUUUCGGAUCCUUGUCAUCGUCAUAAUAGUUGGCACAGAUUUUGGCUUCGCCUUCUACAGGAGGUUCAUGGCUGAUGAAGCUGGAAUGAGGGUGUCCUUCGUGGCUCACUUUGGAGGAAUCGUGGCCGGGAUGACCGUCGGCUACGUCUUCUUCAGUGCUUACAACAUGAAGCUCCUGAAGGACCCACGCUUCUGGAUGUGUAUAGUGGGCUACGUCCUCUUUGUCCUCUUCGCGGUGCUUUUCAAUAUCUUUCUCUCACCGGCGCCAUAGCUUUAGAACCGAGGGAGGAGCAUCACAAUUAUUUUGUCUUACUCGUUGUUUUUUUAAAGAACAGAAAGGUUUUGUGAAACUUUGUUUGUUUUUUAGCUCAAGCAAAGAGCGCCCCCUGUAGCUUGAUUGAAGUCAGUUCAUUUAAUGUGUCUUUAAAUUCUUUUGACAAAUAUGAAAUUUACUGUUACUGUUUUGAAUUUUUGUUUUUUUUACAUUGAAAUGCAGUUUAAUGUCCAGAUCAUUUUAAGGGUCAGGGAUUGUUGUUGUAAACUGAAGUGUGUGUUAAUCUGUGGAUUUCCAGUGUUAAACAUAAACUUCACCUGGUGCAGACCAA